UCCCAGAGGCUGUGCGCCUCUAGAGGUUGGUGCCCCAGGCGGAUCGGUGCGGACACCUAUAUGACGCUGGACCCCAGGCUGACCAGCUCCAGCAGAGGUUCCUCUGGAACCGGCAUCUGCUGCCUGAUGUGGUGCCUGGAGCGGCUCCGCUUGGGACCCGAGCACCUCCUGCGGGGCAGAAACCGGCUUUUCCAGGAUCAGGCCGGCCGAGCCACUGCUCUCAGGCCCGCCCGGUGCGCAAACGUGCUCACCCCGGACCGCAUCCCCGAGUUCUGCAUCCCCCCGCGACUCGCGCCCUGCCCGACCCUGGCUGCGAUCCAAGACACCAGGCGCGAAAAAGCAGGGACAGACGACGGCGCGGGGCGCACGGACUGGGACCCACGCUCGCAGGCCGCGCUCUCGCUGCCUCACCUGCCCCGAGCGCGCACCGCCUAUGGCUUCUGCGCGCUGCUCGAGAGCCCGCACACCCGCCGCAGGGAGUCGCUCUUCCUCGGGGGCCCGGGGGCCGCCCCGCUCCUGCCCGCGCUCCGGCCCCGGGCCUGCACCUUCGGCGGCGGCGGCGGAGACGCCCCCCUCAAGCCCCCGGGAAGAUCCCUCAUUGCGCCCCCGGCAGCCCUCGGCGGCCCCCGCCCGCCUGCGGUUGCGCUCGCCCCGCGGCACCGCGGCCGCCGCCUCCUGCGCGCUCCCGAGGGGCUGCUGCGCUGCGCGCUGCGGACCCAGAGGAGCAGCGGCCUGGCCCGCGCCCGCUCCGUCUCCAGCCGGGACGGGGACGACGACGACGAACGCGGCGCCGGCUCCCGGUCCCCGGCUCAGGCCCCCGCCACGUCCCCUCCGCCGCCCCCCGACCCGCGGCCCGAGCGCCUGGAGGCCGAGGGCACCGUGACUCUGGACCGCGCCGGCGGCGCCCUGCGCCUGGCCGCCGAGUACAGUCGGGACAGCGGGCGCCUCCGCGUCCGGCUGCUCCGCGCCGAGGGCCCGGCCGGAGGGGCCGCCGAGCCCCGCGCCCCCGUCGGCUGCCGCGUCAGCUUCGUCCUGCAGCCGCCGGGUCAGACGCGCCGGCCGCGGGGCGCCGUGGUCCGGCGGAGCCGCCGGGCGGUCUUGGAGCAGGACUUGUGCUUGGACGGGCUCUCGGAGGACGAGGUGCGCCGCCUGGCCGUGCGCGUCAAGGCCGAGAACUGGGGCCGCGGGCUGGAGCGGGACCGCCUGCUGGGCCAGGGCGAGCUGCUGCUGGGCCCCCUCCUGCUCCUCUGAGGGCGCGCCCUGCCCCUGCUCUGCCCCUCGGACACUGACAGCCGAUUUGUACAAA